AUGCUUGCCGGGGUCGGUCGGUCGCCUGCCCGCCCGCCCGCCGGCCGCUCGACGGCCUCGGCCCGGCUACCGCCGUCCGGCGCUGCUGCUGCCGCCGCCGCCGCAGCCUCCUCCUCCUGCCGCCACUCCUGCCGCCACGCGCAGCCGCAUCGGCAUCCUCCUCGCCCGCCUCGCCGCCCCGGCCCCUUCGCCGCCGCGUCCGCUCCCUCUGCCGCCUCCCACCACACUGAGCCCGAGACGCCGCCCCGAGCGCAGCAAAGGGCCUCGCCCGAACUUGCUGGCUGGCUGGGGGCCGCGGAGGAGAAACCCGGCUCGGAGGCCGACGGGCCCGCCCUCCCUUUUCUGCCGCGCCACUGCCCGGCGCCCCCUGGGAGCCUCCCGGCCGCCGAUUGGGCGGAGGCUGCGAAGGCAGAAGCGCCGCCGCCGCCGACCAAGCCGCUCCUCCUCUGCCUGCUGCUGCGGGCCCCGCCGCGCGCCGCUGCCGCCUCCCUCUUGCUGCUGCCGCCGCCGGAGCCCGAGCCGCCGCCGCUGCAGCUCCCCGCACUGGCGGCUCCCCCGCCGCCGCCGCCGCCAGCCAGGAGCAGCGGGAGAAGGACGGAGAGAGAGAGGGAGAGGGAGAGCAGCCGCCGCCGCCGCCGCGGGAGAGGCAGCGCCGGGGCCAAGGCCGGGCUGCUGCCGCCUCCGCCGCCGCCGCCUGCUCCUGGGCCGGGGCGCCGGGGCUUGGCCUGGGGAGCAGCAGCGGCGGCGGCAGCAGCAGCAGCGGCGGCAGCUCUGAGGCCAGCCGGGGCCCCGCCGUUGCUGCUCCGCCGCCGCCGCCUUCCCGGCUCCCCCCGCCGCCAUUGGGCGAAUAGCCAGUAAAUACGU